UAGGUUUAAAAACAUUAAGUGUACGUUUACUAGAUUACAAAACAUUUCGGUAAUUAAGCUAAUAAUAGUAGGGACUAGAUUUCUUUGGAAAAUUACAUUACCGAAUACGAAGUAACCAACACGAGUUCAAAUUAUAACAUAAUGCCAUGGUCAUGGUUAUGUAAGAAUUUUCUGCGUUACUUAAAUACGCUGAACUCUCGGAUCUUCAAUACAGAUUAAUGAACAUUUGAGGAUGAAAAAGAGCGUAUGAUUUUACGUGGGAAAUAUGGAUAAAUUCGAGAAAUUCGAAAUUAAUUCAACAGCUUUCUUACGAUACACACACGUUGUAGAAUUCACCGCCGAGCAAGACAAGAAAUGUUAUUACUUUCUUAAAAAGUGUCAUCCUGAAUCAGAACCAUCGCUGCUGAUAUAUCAUUCAAGUAUCAGUUUAAUUAUCCAAGGGAAAGCUAUUUCGCCUGAGAAAAUUUUUGAUAGAUUGGAUGUUAAACAUGCCAAAAUUGAUAUCUCCACUACAGAUUUAAAAACUCGCAAAACUGAAAAAAAUGCCUGCAAACCUAUCAUUAAAGUUAAGCAAAAAAGUUCUGAUCGGCAAAAAGUUUUGGUUGAGUUUGUUCAAAAAGGAGACUUUAAAGGAGUGAAAUCAAAAAAUACGGAGUUUAUGAAUUUCGAAUGUAGUUAUGAUGAAUUCAUUUCCAAAGUAGAUUUGGUUCUAGAGCAAUUUGCCCUGAACCAAUUCAAGACAAAGAUAGAACAGUUACGCAGAAUUAGGGAAGAAAUAGCAAAUAAUGAUAUAUCAGGUGGGCAAACAUUAAAGAAGAGAAAACUAUCCAUCGACCAGACUACACUUCGAUCAGGAAAAAGCUUUCAUCCUUCAACAGAAAGUGUCCAUGGCGGAGAAUCUAUCGUAUUGGAUGAAAUGGAACGAGAAGUUCUGACAGACACAAUACGCAGCGGGGAGGCAUUGUUUCGAAGAAGAGGAAACACAACUGAAGCUCAAGAGAAAUACCCAGUUCUGACAGAUGAGGUCUCCGAUGGAAUAUUUUCAACAGACCAGCGAAUCCACGGCUGUGGAUACCGAAGUUGAACUUUGAACAUAUUCGUCGACGAACAAGAUGAUAAACAACACCUUCAAAUUCGCAACAGCAUCGAAACAACAUUGCGAAAAUACAAUAUCGUUGAGUUUGAAGUAUUGUUCGGAUUAUAUAAGAUACAACUGUUGUCAGGACAUGUUGCUGGCUGUGAGGUAGUAAAUGAUUUUGGGUUAUCGGGGACACUAGGUGGAUACACACGUAACGAAAGAAGACAAGAUCAGACAUACGGCCUUUUAGCAAGGCAUUUUGCCGAACCAGAUAUGGACGCACCUCUUCAAGGACAUGCAAGCGUUUAUUAUAGAGGCCGUAAUAAUUCGACAUUGAAAAUCGGCGAAGUUAUAAGAUGUCGAGACAGAGGGGAAUAUGACAUUUCUGCUGCCAAAAUAAUUGUUGAAUCUAGGGAUACACGCUUCAGAAAUUCAGCAGGCGAACAUGUGCCAAGUAGGUUAUUUCGUUUUGACGAAGGAAACCAAGAGGAGUUGCCUGUCUACAUUUGGGCAAAAGGAGAAACCCAUCCACGGAAAGGAAAAAUUGCCAUUCCAUAUUACAAGCGAAGAGCUCUUGAAGGACAUUAUGUCCUGAUCGCAGACACAAGCGAACUUGAUAGUGAAACGAAUACUUUUAGAUGGAAAAGGUUAUGCGAACGCGGUCAAAGUGGAGCAAUAUUUUGUUCCGAUGAGCCAGACGGUAAAUGUGCGCAUGUCAUUUCGAUGCUUCAGGGAAUGCAGAAUUACACUGAAGUGGACGCCAAUCCAAACAAGAAAGGACUAUACCUGUCUUUCGAUCUGCAUGAAGGACUGGAACAAUUGAAGAAUGACAUUGGUGAACAAUUGGAGCUUUGUUAAUUUUCAGUGACUCUGGAAUCAAGCCAGACUGCUUUGACGUCGCCUAUUGUUCUUUCUGUCACGGUUCUUAAGGCCGCUUUGUCGAAACGAAAGAGUUUCGGUUUGGAGUAUUUGCAAAGAAAUGAAAACUAGGUCUGUUGUGUGAUUGUUUUUCGUUUAUAUUUUGUUUUAAACACGUACGCAUCAUGUUUUUCGGAAAUAGUUGCCUUCAAAAUGUAUUGUUAUGAUUCAAUCAUAUUCGAAAAUAGUACAUGGGAGUACCAGGAGGAAAUGCACUUGUCCGGCUUGGUGACCACAAACUACUUAAUUUCUUGGACCUCCAUCUCUCAAGAAAAGGGUGUUCAUAAAAGCCAACCUAGAGCGGAUUCCAGCAGCAAUAUAUUACAAUUAUUAUUCAACUGAAAGUACAGGGACAAGCCCAGUAGCAAGAAUUUUAUUAGCAUGAGCAAGUGAAAAAAAAACUACCUAUAUUAGCUCUGCAGGGAUUCAAGUCUACUUGAAUGUUUAUCUUAUUGUUGAUGUAUUUGUUAUUUUGUUAUAUUUGUGGUUUAUAUGUAUUUUGAAACAAUUAGCAAAACAGAACGUGAAUGAAUCGAAUGGUGUACAUACUCAUUAUAAGUGUGUAGGUUGAUUGGUUUUCAUAUACUUACUUAUACUUAUUGUAAGUGUACAAGUGUGAUUUGUUUAAAUAUACUUGCAAAUGCUUAAUAUAAGUGUAAAAGUUCGAUUGGUUUAUAUAUACUUCCGAAUGUUUAUUUUAAGUGUUUGCUCGUUUUACCAAAUACUCAUUGUAAGUGUAUAUGUUUGAUUGGUUUACAUAUACUUAAAAAUAAUUGUUAUAAGUGUGAUUAUACGUGUGUAGGUUUAUCUUACUUUCGACAAUUUGUAAAGCAUUAUAUUAAAUACUAGCAGAAUAAACAAACUGUGCAUAUAACAAACUAUAUCCUAUAGAAAACUAAUGUGACUUGUGCCAAGGCUGGCACCAUAGGAAAUGUGGACGUAGAUGAUGAGAGGGAAUCCAUACACACGGCCCGCCGAAGCCGCCUAUCCAUCAGCCACUGUCACCAGCCCAGCAGCCACAGUCGCCAGCCUCGCAGCAACAGUCGCCAGCCCCGCAACCACAGUCUCCUGAACAGCAACUGCAAGGAGCCAACCUGGACGCAUCACUCGAUGUCCAGAAUAGACAGAUCAAUCGUCCAGAGACCUUCUUAGACAGAUCCUUAGUCGAUCCACAAGUUGACAAUGUUGUCAUCGAUGAUGCGACUGAGUCAGGCCCCAAUUUUUCGAAACUUCUUAAGCUUAACAGGCUUAAGUCGCUUAUUUCAAUUAGCCAAAAUACAUAAUGCAAAUGGAUUUUGAUAAAUGAAAAAUGGUUUAUUCUGAUAAUCAUACAGAUUAUUCCUACAUAAUUUCUAAACAAUCUUGAAAAAGUAAAUAUAACACAUUUUAUAGAACAACAAAAAUAGUGCGAUUAGCUUAAUCCUGUUAUAAGGGACUUAAGACGUUUCCAGAAAUUGGGGCCAGUAACAUUAACGACAGUGAAUAAUGGUUCGCAACGUGGAGGAUCAAAGCUGGCAAGCAGUGGUGAUUUUACAUACACAGUAACCCGAAUACGCAAUACGUACUAACAAGAAAGAACGCUACCCAGCCAUUGUAAGACAAUUUGACGACACAUAAUUCGCACAUCCAUGCAAAAUAAUUGGGGAAAGGCCAACUCAUGAGGUAAGUAGCAAAUACUGCUGAAAAAUUGACCCAAAACACCCGAAAACCAGGGGACCACUGUUUACCAAAAUUGGACAGCGUUGCAAGGAUGCCAAACUCCUCUCGCGAGAAGCUCCGCCCUAAGGCCCCAGUACCGACAGACAAGAACUUCGUCCUGGAUACUAACUUCAUCAAAGGGGACGAAUUCCUGGUUGAUGACAUUCUAACUACAUGUACAAUAGGGAAAGGCACAUUGUCUUGUCAGCUAGAGCGCAACUCCAUCAUCUACCAUUAGCACAGAGAUGUUCUAUUGACGGUCGAGGCCCUAUUCCCACAACAAUUUACAAUCCAUACGUUCCUGAAAAAUGGUCAAUGUACCAAACAGGUACCACUGGCCUAUUUUGUGCUGAGUAGAAGAACAACUCAAGAUUACAUUCGAAUCCUCAAAGCCAUCAUAAACGCCAUGGAUUCCCAACCCGCUGCGCAGUGGUUUAUGCUGAAGUUCGAAUCAGCUACCUGGAACGCAGUCAGACAUGUAUUUCCAAACACAAUACAGAAAGGUAGCGCGUUCCACUUCACGCUCGAGCUUUAUAGAAAAUUCAAGGACUUGGUCUUUCAACCGCAUGUGUUUUACGAAAAGUGAUGUCCCUUCUAUUCCUGCCGGCUAAAUACACACGGGAAGAAAUUGAAUCAUUAGAGGACAUCGCGACCGAUUCCGGCCACGAAGCACUCUAGACCUUCAUGACAUACGUGUGAAGGUCACCUGGUUAGAGGACAAAGUCUGGCGGGACAAAAAUUGGCCUGUUUUCCAAGAAACAGUCAGAACAAAUAAUGACGUAGAAGGAUGGCAUAGGUGCAUAAUGGAAAAGUUGGUAAAGUUGGCGCCCCACUACGCCCCCUACGUUCAAAUUCCUCCUCUCCAUUCAGAAGCAGAGACCAUUGAUGUCCAAGUUCAACUCAUAUCGGAGCAGAGCCUCACUCACUACCAGCGAGCAACCUUCAAGACUGCCCACGGCCGACACCAAAAGUUGUGGGAAGAUUACGAAGACUAAGAAAUGACAACCAGCAAGCUUCUUUGAAGUCACCUUUAUGCUGGGUUUGCGCCUAUCCCGGAGCGACAGGCCGGGCCAAUUGAAGAUUAAUAUGUGCAUCAAUAAAAAUUUACUUGUUAUAUGACAUGCAUGUAUACUAUUAUUUUUAUCA